AAAAAAGUGGAAGACAGUCACGCAAUGUGAGCAAAUCUAAUCGAUCCAGUGUAUCUGAAAGUAUAGUGGAAGAAAACACUAAAAUAGCUAAACUUUUUAGCCCAGAGGGUGAAAAUACAAGUUUUAGCUAUCAGAGUAAUGAUGAUAUAUAUCUUGAAGAUUAUCGUGAAGGAAUACCAAGAAAUAAAAAAAAACGCAGAAAAUAUCUCUGCAUCGUGUGUGGACUGUUUGGUAUAUUGAUAGUCGUUGUUUGCAUAAUAGCUUAUGUUUUAAACAUUCAACAUGAAUAUAUGUAA